AUGCCUUCCCCCCCUCAUGCCUUCCCCCUCUCAUGCCUUCCCCCUCUCAUGCCUUCCCCCUCUCAUGCCUUCCCCCUCUCAUGCCUUCCCCCCUCUCAUGCCUUCCCCCUCUCAUGCCUUCCCCCUCCCUCAUGCCUUCCCCUCUCAUGCCUUCCCCUCAUGCUUCCUCCUCUCAUGCCUUCCCCCUCUCAUGCCUUCCCCCUCUCAGGCCUUCCCCCUCUCAUGCCUUCCCCCUCUCAUGCCUCCCCUCUCAUGCCUUCCCCCUCUCAUGCCUUCCCCCUCUCAUGCCUUCCCCCUCUCAUGUCUUCCCCCUCUCAUGCCUUCCCCCUCUCAUGCAUUCCCCCCUCAUGCCUUCCCCCCUCAUGCCUUCCCCCUCUCAUGCCUUCCCCCUCUCAUGCCUUCCCCCUCUCAUGCCUUCCCCCUCUCAUGCCUUCCCCCUCUCAUGCCUUCCCCCUCUCAUGCCUUCCCCCUCUCAUGCCUCCCCCUCUCAUUGCCUUCCCCCUCUCAUGCCUUCCCUCUCUCAUUGCCUUCCCCCUCCUCAUGCCUUCCCCCUCUCAUGCCUUCCCCCUCUCAUGCCUUCCCCCUCUCAUGCCUUCCCCCUCUCAUGCCUUCCCCUCUCAUGCCUUCCCCCUCUCAUGCCUUCCCCCUCAUCAUGCCUUCCCCCCCCCUCAUGCCUUCCCCCCUCAUGCCUUCCCCCCCUCAUGCCUUCCCCCCCUCAUGCCUUCCCCCCCUCAUGCCUUCCCCCCCUCAUGCCUUCCCCCCCUCAUGCCUUCCCCCCCUCAUGCCUUCCCCCUCUCAUGCCUUCCCCCUCUCAUGCCUUCCCCCUCUCAUGCCUUCACCCUCUCAUGCCUUCCCCCUCUCAUGCCUUCCCCCUCUCAUGCCUUCCCCCUCUCAUGUCUUCCCCCUCUCAUGCCUUCCCCCUCUCAUGCCUUCCCCUUUCAUGCCUUCCCCCUCUCAUGCCUUCCCCCUCUCAUGCCUUCCCCCUCUCAUGCCUUCCCCCUCUCAUGUCUUCCCCCUCUCAUGCCUUCCCCCUCUCAUGCCUUCCCCCCCUCAUGCCUUCCCCCCCUCAUGCCUUCCCCCUCUCAUGCCUUCCCCCUCUCAUGCCUUCCCCCUCUCAUGCCUUCCCCCUCUCAUGUCUUCCCCCUCUCAUGCCUUCCCCCUCUCAUGCCUUCCCCCUCUCAUGCCUUCCACCUCUCAUGCCUUCCUCCUCUCAUGCCUUCCCCCUCUCAUGCCUUCCCCCUCUCAUGCCUUCCCCCUCUCAUGCCUUCCCCCUCUCAUGCCUUCCCCCUCUCAUGCCUUCCCCUCUCAUGCCUUCCCCCUCUCAUGCGUUCCCCCUCUCAUGCCUUCCCCCUCUCAUGCCUUCCCCCUCUCAUGCCUUCCCCCUCUCAUGCCUUCCCCCUCUCAUGCCUUCCCCCUCUCAUGCCUUCCCCCUCUCAUGCCUCCCCCCUCUCAUGCCUUCCCCUCUCAUGCCUUCCCUCUCUCAUGCCUUCCCCCUCUCAUGCCUUCCCCCUCUCAUGCCUUCCCCCUCUCAUGCCUUCCCCCUCUCAUGCCUUCCCCCUCUCAUGCCUUCCCCCUCUCAUGCCUUCCCCCUCUCAUGUCUUCCCCCUCUCAUGCCUUCCCCCUCUCAUGCCUUCCCCCCCUCAUGCCUUCCCCCCCUCAUGCCUUCCCCCCCUCAUGCCUUCCCCCCCUCAUGCCUUCCCCCCCUCAUGCCUUCCCCCCCUCAUGCCUUCCCCCCUCAUGCCUUCCCCCUCUCAUGCCUUCCCCCUCUCAUGCCUUCCCCCUCUCAUGCCUUCCCCCUCUCAUGCCUUCCCCCUUUCAUGCCUUCCCCCUCUCAUGCCUUCCCCCUCUCAUGCCUUCCCCCUCUCAUGCUUCCCCCUCUCAUGCCUUCCUCCUCUCAUGCCUUCCCCCUCUCAUGCCUUCCCCUCUCAUGCCUUCCCCCUCUCAUGCCUUCCCCCUCUCAUGCCUUCCCCCUCUCAUGCCUUCCCCUCUCAUGCCUUCCCCCUCUCAUGCCUUCCCCCUCUCAUGCCUUCCCCCUCUCAUGCCUUCCCCCUCUCAUGCCUUCCCCCUCUCAUGCCUUCCUCCUCUCAUGCCUUCCCCCUCUCAUGCCUUCCCCCUCUCAUGCCUUCCCCCUCUCAUGCCUUCCCCCUCUCAUGCCUUCCACCUCUCAUGCCUUCCCCCUCUCAUGCCUUCCCCCUCUCAUGCCUUCCCCCUCUCAUGCCUUCCCCCUCUCAUGCCUUCCCCCUCUCAUGCCUCCCCCCUCUCAUGCCUCCCCCUCUCAUGCCUUCCCUCUCUCAUGCCUUCCCCUCUCAUGCCUUCCCCCUCUCAUGCCUUCCCCCUCUCAUGCCUUCCCCCUCUCAUGCCUUCCCCCUCUCAUGUCUUCCCCCUCUCAUGCCUUCCCCCUCUCAUGCCUUCCCCCCCUCAUGCCUUCCCCCCUCAUGCCUUCCCCCCCUCAUGCCUUCCCCCCUCAUGCCUUCCCCCCCUCAUGCCUUCCCCCCCUCAUGCCUUCCCCCCCUCAUGCCUUCCCCCUCUCAUGCUUCCCCCUCUCAUGCCUUCCCCCUCUCAUGCCUUCACCCUCUCAUGCCUUCCCCCUCUCAUGCCUUCCCCCUCUCAUGCCUUCCCCCUCUCAUGUCUUCCCCCUCUCAUGCCUUCCCCCUCUCAUGCCUUCCCCCUCUCAUGCCUUCCCCUCUCAUGCCUUCCCCCUCUCAUGCCUUCCCCCUCUCAUGCCUUCCCCCUCUCAUGCCUUCCCCCUCUCAUGCCUUCCCCCUCUCAUGCCUUCCCCCUCUCAUGCUUUCCCCCUCUCAUGCCUUCCCCCUCUCAUGCCUUCCCUCUCUCAUGCCUCCCCCCUCUCAUGCCUCCCCCCUCUCAUGCCUCCCCCCUCUCAUGCCUCCCCCCUCUCAUGCCUCCCCCCUAAACCCUAAACCCCGGUCUGGAGCAUGCCUGGUCCAGGAGCUUGCCUGGUCCAGCAGCUUGCCUGGUCCAGGAGCUUGCCUGGUGAAGGAGCUUGCCUGA